GCCGCGGUGACGGGGCGGAAGCGGCGGGUGCUCCGCGCGCCAUUUUCAAACCGGGAGCUGCCCCGGCGCGGCUCGGCCGUAACGAAUGCUCAACAUUGUUGCAGAAACACCAAGAUCGUCGCUUUCAGUUUAAUCUUCAGCUGCCAAAGGGGAAGGAAGAGCAUUUAGAAGAAUGACCUCUCACUGACAAUUGCCACUUAGUGGAAGUGUCCUAUUUCUCCUGGGUGUUAGAAAAGCCACUUUUGAGGUGUGUUUACAAUGACUACAGCAGCAGAGAGGAAGUUCGUUAAUCUCAGGAAACGUCUAGAUCAGCUGGGCUAUCGACAGCCAUUGGGACUGGAGAGCUUACCUUUGGUGGAAAAGCUUUUUAGUGAUCUUGUUCAUACAACAGAGAGCCUGCGCAGUGCCAAAUUAUCUGCUGGAAAAAUCGAAAAAGAGUUCAGCAAUUAUGAUGCUAUUUUAGAACCUUAUAAGACAGAGAAUGCUAAACUUACCAGGGAAAAUAAUGAACUACAUUUGGAAAUACUAAAACUGAAAGAGAAAUCUGAUCGUCAUGUUAAAGACUUGAAAGCCAGCUUAAGGAGGGUUGAACACGAAACAGCUGACUUAAGAUUUCUGAAUAACCAGUAUGUGCAUAAAAUUAAAAGUCUGGAAAAAGAGAACAAAUCCAAGACUGAAAAAAUUCAGCAGCUUCAGGAGAAGAAUCUACAAGCAGUGGUGCAAACUCCCGGUGGCAGAAAAAGAAACAUUCCAUUCAGGCGCCAGCGCAUGCAGAUAGACCAACCUGUUCCCCCAUCGGGUGUUAGCGCCUACCCAGUUCCUCAGCCAGAGGAUCCUUACAUCGCAGACCUUCUUCAGGUGGCAGAUAAUCGAAUUCAUGAACUGCAGUCAGAAGUAACAGAGCUACAGGAAAAACUGGAGAUAGCUGAAAGUGGAAUGAAAAACUACAGCAAGCAGGUUGAGCUUAGAGACAAAGAAAUAGAACGCCUAAUGCUAGCAUUGGAUGGUGGUCGUUCUCAUGAGGUUAUAUCUCUGGAAUCGAGAAGUAAAAGUAAUGAGAAGCUUAUUGCCCAUUUAAAUUUGCAGGUUGAAUAUCUUCAGCAAACAAACAAAGAACUUGAAAAUCGCAUUCAAGACCUCUUGGACACUAAACAAAAUGUGACUAGUGAGGUUGUGCACUUAAGCAAUAAAAACGAAGAACUGUGUCAAGAACUGAAUGAAAUAGACCAUUUGGCACAGCAGUUGGAAAGACACAAGGAAAUUGUACUUGAGACUGCAGAUAAAGAAAUAGGAGAAGCAAAGAAAGAAAUUGAAAGAAAAGAUGGUGAAAUACAGGAUCUUGAAGAAACAAUAGCAAGGCUUAAAUCAGACUUGUGCUCAUGUCGUAGACAGAACGAGAGGCUGAGUGAAGAACUCUUUGGAAAAGCAGAUGACAAAGAAAAUCUGGAAGUACUGUUAAACCAGCUUGAACAAGAAAAACACAGACUGACGGAAAAAACGGAAAACUUUGAAAUAAAAGAACGAGAACUUGUCCUAGAAAUAGAAAGAAUGAGAUUAGAAUACGGCAUAGCCCUAGGAGACAAAUCUCCAUCUCGUCUGGAUGCGUUUGUAAAAACUUUAGAAGAUGACAGAGAUUAUUAUAAGCGAGAAUUAGAAUAUCUUCAGAAAAUGAUAAAACGAAGGCCUAGCCCAAGCCGUAGGACUUCAGAGAAGAGUGAAGAUCUUAGAUUGAUCACCAGAGAAAGAGAUGAGCUACAGUCCAUGUUAGACAGAUUUGAAAAACAUAUGAUAGAAAUUCAAUCCAAUGUCAAAUUAUUGACUGCAGAAAGAGACAGAUUAAGUAUUCUUUAUGAACAGUCUCAGAGUGAAUUAAACAGGCUGAGAAGAGAAGCAAAACAUAAUUUAGUUUCUCAAAGUCAUGUGGAAGAAGAAAGAGACGUUGCACUGACUGACUUUAGAAGACUAAUGGCAGAAAAGGAAAGCCUAAGAGAAAAAAUAAAGAUUCAGCAAGAAACAGCUAACCUUGAAAAAACAAAGAUGCAGCGUGAUAUUUCAGAACUGGAAAAUAAUAUUCAUGAAUUUGAGAUGGAAAGGUGUGAACUAAAGAGUACAAUCUCUAUCCUGAAAGAAAGAAUAAACUCUUUGGAAAAUGAAUUAAAAUUGAAGUCCAAUAAACUUGCCCAGACAUCUGAUGAUUCUUCUCAAUUUAAAGCUGAGCUUUGCUCACUUCAGCUCUUAAAUGAACAACUCCAGAGGUCUGUUGAAGACUUACAGCACCGUUUGUCUCUCAAAAAUGAUGAACUGCAGUCAGCUCGAGAAGAAAUUACAAAGCUAGAGGAAGAAAUAGAUAGGUUAAACCAGAAGAGCACUUCACAUGAUGAGGCAGUCAAUGUGCUUAGAAGUACCAUUACAGUUUUGGACAAAGAAAAGGACAGUCUUCAAGAAACUGUAGAUGAAAAAACAGAAAGAAUUGCAUGCUUAGAUGACAACUUAGCUAACAAGGAAAAAACAAUUACUCAUUUACGUCUAACUCUCUCUGAGCUGGAGUCAUCAACAGACCAGCUAAAGGACAUGCUGAGCAGCAGAGACCGUGAGAUAUCUAGCUUACAUCGCCAGCUUGAUGCAUCCCAUAUGGAGCUUGCAGAAACAGGAAGAGUGAAAGAAAUAGCUCUGAAAGAAAAUAGACGAUUACAAGAUGACCUAGCUACAAUGACCAGAGAAAAUCAGGCUGUCAGUACCGAGCUUGAAGAUGCAAUACGUGAAAAAGAAGAAAUGAAAACUAGGGUUCAUAAUUAUAUAACUGAAGUUUCUAGAUUUGAGAGCCUGAUGGCUUUAAAGGAAAAAGAAAACCAAGAUUUGUUAGAGAAGUUCCGAAUGGUCCAUACACAAGCUGAAGACUGGGAAAUCAAGGCUCACCAAGCUGAGGGGGAAAGCAGCUCAAUACGACUUGAACUCCUUUGUGUGGAUACAGAUCGGAGACAUCUUCGUGAGAGAGUAGAACUUCUGGAAAAAGAAAUUCAGGAGCAUAUUAUGGCAGCACAAGCAUACGAAUCUCAGAUCUCCUCCAUUACAAAAAAUAUGUCCAAAUUGGAAGAGGACAUUAAACGGGAAAAUCAGGAUAAGUCUUCUGUGUUGGCUGACCUGGCUUCCGUGAGAGAACUCUGUGUUAAACUUGAGGCUAGCAAAGAACUUUUAUCUCGACAGCUUGCUUCCAAAAGCAUGGAUUAUGAACGGGUUCUAGGUGAAUUAGAAGAUAUGAAAUCAGAAGCAGAGUUGCUGAAAAAGCAGUUAUCCAGUGAGAGACUUACAAUUCAGAAUCUUGAAACGUUGCUGGCUACCAGUAGAGAUAAAGAAUUUCAGAACCAUUUAACAUCCCACGAGAAAGAUUCAGAAAUUCAGCUACUGAAAGACAAGCUAACACUUGCAGAGGGCAAACUAAGCAGUCAUAAUAGAGAGGUUUCCUUACUUCGAAGUAAAGUUGCACAGCUGCAGACUGACUAUGAUGUUUUAAAAAGACAACUAACAACCGAACGAUUUGAACGGGAGCGUGCAAUUCAAGAAAUGCGUCGACACGGUCUAUCUACAUCAUCAUUACGUGCUUCACCUCCUCUCAGUUCUACUUUAAGGUCUCCCUCUCAGUCUCCAGAACGUGCAGCUCUAAGGACAGUUGAAGAAGCGGCAGCUGAAAAAAAUGUGAGCUUCAAGGAAUAACCAGAACUUGAGCAAUCAAAGCAUUACUGUGUUAUAAGGACUUGUUUUUUGAAAAUUAUGAAGGAUGACUCGCAUUCUACCUCUGUUUUCAAAUCAGUGAUUACUUUUGAAAUUUCUAAAAAUCUAUGAAGUAAUCAACUCUGCAAAAUUCUACUCUCCCAGCUCUCUGGGAUGACUGGAUUUUUGUGGGCUGUUUUGAUGGGGUUUGUAUCAAGGCUGGCUAGGUUUUGUGUUUAUUUGGCAAACAUAAUAUAAUUGUAUGAAAGAAACAAGUAUAUGAUAAGACAGACAAUCUCUUGUUUUCUUUUACUGUUUUAUUUCUAUUUGCUUAUCUCAUAUGGUUAUGGAAGUUUGUUCAUCUUACUGUGAGCUAAGAUAGGAGAAUAACAUACAUGAUUGUCUCAAAAAUGCUGAGCCAGUGUAUCUUUUGUACUGAUGAUAUUCUGUGUGUUUGGAUUUUUAACAAGUGUUUUCUUAAUGCUUUUAAAUAUUGUGGAGAAUGUCUAUAUAUUUUGUGAAUGCAUUUCGCUAACUGAACAUUUUUCUCAAUAAAAAAUAUAUCAGUUACUCUUUAUUGUUUUUGUCAUGUAACUACUCAUCUCCUUUUCUUUAACGCUUGUGUAAAGUUAGAUUUUUAAAUAUUCCAAUAUUUAAAAAAAAGUGAAAACUGAUCUUUUGAAAGAUGUAUUGAAAUACAUUAAAUAUCAUAAGACUAAUUCAGAAGUAUUUUAUGUUCAGGUUUCUGAAUCAUUGGGAGAUAUUUCUCAAAUUUUCUUUUUAAAAGAGCAUAAAGUCUGGAAUCCUUCACACAGCUCAGCUCAAGCUGUUAGAGGGGUAACACAGGUCUUUAUAUUAUGACGCACAUUAGAUAGAAACAGUAAGAACUAAUCUUUAAAAUACUCGGUGUAUUUAGCAGAGGAACAUUGCAAAUUUAAACUGUGAAGUAAGAUGCAAUUAGCAAUCAGAAUCUAAUGAUAACCUCUUAAAGUCCAUCUGUGCAAAUAAUUGUAUCAUUGUUCUACUCCAGAAUGUGUGUUUUCUAAUAAUUACAUACCAUUCAGGAUGGUAUGAUGUGUAUUCAGAGGUAUCAUGCAGAGGACUAAAAGUGGGAGAAUUUACUGUUUUGCAUCCUUCUAUUGACCAACAGGUAUUGUUAUGCUUCUCUAAUGUUGAAUAACCCUCCCCCGUGGUUACCAGCUAAUAUUGCAUGAAUCCCUAAGGUGUAAACAGCAUAUUAAAUGACAUGAAAUAAUUUUAUUUUGCGUUUAGAAUUUGUCUACAUUGCACUAAGAUUGUUACAGUUGUAAAUUAUGAAGAAUGUUCUGUUAACUGGAACAUAUUGUCUCAUAUUUGGAGAUAAUGUUGCUUGUAAGGUAUAUAGAUACAUUUUAUUUUUUUCAUAUACUGUAUUUUGCUAGUUUUGUUAUUUAAUGUCUAUGUAUUAAAUUUGAUUAAUUAAAAACAACUUAGAACACACAUUCAGAAGCAUCUGUAAAUAUUUGUAUCUCAGUAAGCUUCUGAGCCAUUGGAAGGAAUUGUUUAUUUAAAAAUGGGUGUAUCUCAGUUGAGGUCUCUCAUUUGCCAGUUACACAAAUGGAGAGAUGGCUGUCUCUUAGGUAUUGUUUAUUACUGUUUGUAAUUAAGUCAGUAGUUUCUUGACAGUAACUCAUACUUAAUUAUACAGGGUGCAGCAAUUCAGUAAGAAUGAGAAACAAACUCAUUUUCUGCUCUUCAUGUUUUCAAUAGAGACUUCUAAACAUCAUAUUUUGUAUAUAAAAUAUUUUCAAUUGGGAUCUAAAUUAAAGAGCAAAUAUUCUGUUGUAUUGAAAAUAUUUCUUCUUUCCAAAAAAAAAAAGUAUAUUUUGCCUUUACUAUUAAAACCAUAACACAUUAAUAAUCUUACAUGAAUGUCAACUGAAAAAUUAGUGGAUCAUCAAGCACAGCUGUUGUAAUAAAACUAGUAUCAUCUCGGUGACUAAAGCCAGUGCAGCUUUCUAAAACUGAAACAAUACUGAUAUUCAGACUGUAGUACAGCUAUUGUUUUUCUUGUUAGUAUUAUUUUGUAUACAUUAUUGUAAGCAGCUAGAAUAAAAGGAACGUAAGAAUUAUAUAAAUUUGCAUUAAAAUCAAAUAGUAGAAGUAGAAAACAAGCCAAAAUCUGUAGAAGACCUAAAUCAGUGGACUGUCAUGUAUGAAACAAGUGUAAUGUAAGUCAAGGAUGUUAGAAUGAUGGACACCGUUCAAAGAAGUUUCUGUGCUGCGUCAAUCCUUACCUAGGUAGGGGGUAAGAUGACAGCAGAGUGGGGCAGACGUUAAAACAUGGGAAAAGUCCAAAUAUUUGUCUGUCUUCUGUUGUUAUCUGCACUUUGGAAUGGAGGAAAAACAUUACAAAAAUAAUAAAGAAGAGACACUAAUUGUUGGGUGUGUUUUUUCUACAAAACGGGAGAACUGUACUGUCAGAAGGAGAGGAAUCAGGAAAGAAUAAAAGGAUGGUAUUUACCAAUUUAUCAAAACCCAAAUUGCUCAAUUAAACUUGUAUGUCUUUUGAGAGUUUCUUAUAAUUAAUUUUUUGCAUCCUACACUGUGUCCCUAAAAUUGAAUUAAAAUUAACUUAAAUAAGCAAUUCUAGGGUUCAUUUAGAAAGUGCAAUUUCAUCCUGAAUCUGAGAAACACUGUAAUUCCCAUGUGACACUAAUUAUAAAAAGGGUUAAGAUUAAGGCUUCCAUCUGAUGGAAAACACAUCUUACGGUAAGUUGGUGCAUGUGUGGGAAGGCUGAACUAUUCAAAUGCCAUUUCUCACACGAAACCAUAUGACCCCUGGCCUUUUU